AUGACCAGCGCUUCUAUACCAUUCACUGAUGUGGGACGUGGCUACACCAUUGUCACUCCCUUAACAACCAAUUCAGCUGCAGCAGAACAAAAUCCACUUCAGAAAUUUCUGAAAGGAGAACCCAAAGCAAUGGGUGUUGUCCAAAUAAUGAUUGCUUUGUUGACGAUAUUGCUUGGUAUCGUGAUGACGUUCCCUCCUCAGGCCAUCAGCGUGUUCUCUGGAGUUGUUUUCUGGGGCUCACUGAUUAUAAGUGCCGCUCUGGUGCUAAAUAUUCUUGGCACAAUAGCUGCAGGAAUCGCCAUCAUCAUGCUUUCUCUGGAUUUUGUGUUUGGCCCGAUGACCCCUGGCUGCUACUACUAUCGGGACAAAAAUGAAUGCAUCCUCGCACUGAGCCGUACCAAAGGAAUUAGCGGAGUUCUGCUGGUUUUCUCUCUGCUCCAGUAUGUCGUCUCCAUCGUAGUUUCAGCCUUCACUUGCAAAGCCACCUGCAGUAAUCAACCUACUCUGAACGUUAUCAAUGUGGUUCCAAACUCUGCGAGUGGUGGUAAAAUGGUCCCUUCCAACUCAGCUUAUCAAGCACAAUUGAUGGACAAUACAAUGAGCACUGUGGAAUACCAUGAGGAAAGUCCUUACGAGCUUCCUGGGUGA